AUGAAUCUGGAAGCCUCCCUGCCAGACAAGGAUUGGAGCGUGAUCCUAAAGAGGUGUCCUGAAGUGCGCAACGUGAUGGUCGUCUACAUUGACAUCGGCGCAUUCCGUCCUGACAAGGACGGGCAGCCUCCUCAGCCCUAUGGCACCCUGCUCAGGCCCACAGAGGAAGGCCGGAUUGGAGACCGCGUGGCACGAGCUGCUCGGUUCAUGGGCACAUACAAGGAGUUCAAAGCUCAUUGCCAGCACCUGCCAGGUCUCGUGCGUGCUCACAUCGCAAUCUGGGCAGAUGUCCCGCUCUAUGGCUUCAGCGAGGACGACUUUGCCACGCGAAUGCAGGCACUGUCGUUGUUGAGCGCUGAGGGCACCACCUCGGUAGUGACACUUGGGGGCGAAGUUCAGGAACCGGGGAGUUUGCCAAUCGCUCUUCGUGUCGAUGACCAGGCUCGCCUCUCCAUGGGCAUCCUGGCUGUGGGUCUUGGAUUCCGCAAGUUGGCCGCCUGGCAUUGGAACAGAUUCGUGGUGCCACUGGACCGUGGUAGCCAAGGAAUAGUAGCAGGGCAUGCUUUGGUGGGCGUUCUUGCGCCUAGUUCCAAAAAGACGAGCUUCGUCCCUCAGACAGUCAAGGAGGUACUCAAGCGGCGUGGCAUCACUACCAUGCCGUUUAAGCUUCCGAAGCUGGAGAACCUGAAGCAGCAGCAAGAGAAAAUGGCCGAGAUGCGAGACAGGCAGUGGCAGGCCUUCUGUCAACAUCUUCAUUCACAGGGGCGGAAGCUCGCAGGGCCGGGGGACAGCGACCAGGAGAAGAAGAUGCAGACUAUGGAGUGGUACAAGUUCAUUGGUGGCGGUGAUAUCGCAGUUCAUUAA